AUGCCCGCGUACCUAGGCAGGCGACCCUUUUCGAAACGACCAGUAUCCAGGGCGUCCAGCCAUUUUUGUCAUGCGUUAUCUUCCACAGCCUCUGCCGCGGUUUAAAUACAUUCCAAGCACGUCAACCCGUUAGUUCACUUACCUCCAGAUAUCUGCUCUCGUUUGCGUCUGACAGAAUGUCUCUGCCCGACGGUGACCUCGGUGGAAGCGGCAACGCCAGUCAAACUCAAGACAAGCCUCGUCGAUUCAUCCUUCUUAGUCUGCCCGAGUCCGUCCUGGCCUCAGUCGUACUGAAGGAAGGCGAUAAGGCACAAGCGAAGACGCUACAGCUACUGGAGGAGACGCAUGCCUACAUGGAUAAACACGUUCAUAACCGUUUACAUGAAAGAUACGACGACUUGAAGACUAACAGGCUCGAGAUGAAGCACGGAUUCAUCAAGCGAAUACAACAAUGGGAUAAAAUUGUGGUCUACAGGGAUAGAUCUAUCAAGUUGAAGAAGCUGACCGUGGUCUCUUCAGAGCUCGCACGGAGCGAGGAGUUGUGGAAGCAUAAACGUCACAGGUCUUCGCCAAAAAACAAUCGACCGUCACACGAUGCAGCCUCGACAUCUCGUCAAUCCACCGUGGAUGAAACGCUGGCAGAGUUUGACCAUGCUUCACCAGUUACGAGCCAACUCGGUGCAAAUGUUGAUGCGCCUGCCACUUCCCCUGGUUGGUGCUCUCUAUAGGAAUUACGUGCUCUAAGUCUCACCAUAGUUUCUUGCACAGUUGAUCCUCCAGCUGCACCAGAAGAUGCUAUCACAGUUCAGCCGCGUUACGUCGCUGUUGAAGCGGACUC